AUUUCCAUAAAAGUCCUGGUCUAAUAAUAGCAAGCCUUCAUUUUCUCAUUCAUGUGUUUUUGGGAGUCAAAAAUUGAGGAGGUGAUAGAAAAAGCUUGAGAGCUCAAUUUUUGUCUCCUAUUUUGUGUCUGUGUUUUUGAGUAACUACUCCAGAUUACCAUGAUUUACACAACAAUUUCAUAUGAAAGUCCAUGGGCAACAACAAUCGAUCCAAAAGUGAUGAAAUUUUCAAGAAAGCAUCCAUUUCAGUCCAAACCACCCGUCAUUUGUUUAAACCGCCACAACCCAGAUAGCACCACCAUUCACAACCCCAAGGAACCCAGAAUCCAGCUUAAAAAUCCAAUCUUGGCCAACCCAAUUCGGGUUGUUUACAGAAAGGCCAAGAAAAACAGGGGCAAUGUGGAAAGGAGAGGCCUUCCUAAAGUGGGAAGCCAGCAGAUGAUGAUUUUGUGUGGAUUUGGGUAUUGGGUGCAAGGCUUUAGGUGCUUUCCUUGGUUGGCUUUGAACUUUCAUAUGGCUUAUAAUCUUAAUAUGCAUCCUUCAACAUUGCAACUUGUUCAACAUUCUGGUAAUCUUCCCAUGGUAGCUAAGCCCUUGUAUGGACUCCUCUCUGAUGCUCUUUACAUUGGUGGUGCUCAUAGAAUUCCAUAUGUUUCCAUUGGAGUUCUUCUACAGGUCGUGUCUUGGGGAUCACUAGCUUUGGUUCCAGUUGCAGCUAAGGCCCUCCCAACCAUUAUGGUAUGUGUUCUUCUCAGUAAUCUUGGAGCAUCCGUUACAGAAGUAGCAAAGGAUGCUCUUGUUGCAGAAUAUGGCCAGCAACAUAGGAUGAAAGGCCUCCAAUCUUAUGCAUUCAUGGCAUUAGCUGCUGGUGGAAUCCUCGGGAACUUAGUAGGCGGAUAUUUCUUGAUGAAAGCACCGCCACAGACCAUGUUUCUCCUAUUUUCGGUUUUACUUUCCGCUCAGCUUGCAAUUUCAUCAAGAAUAAGAGAAGAAUCUCUUGGUUUACCACAGUUGUCAGAUCACAGUCUUGCAGGGAAACCAAUCUUGGAAAGUCUUAGGAAGCAAGUAUCGGAUCUCAUGAUGGGAAUGCAAGAGAAAACAAUUGUUUGUCCGCUGACUUGGAUUGUAGCUUCUAUUGCCAUUGUCCCAGUUCUGUCAGGUUCUAUCUUUUGCUAUCAAACACAAUGUUUAAAUCUUGAUCCUUCAGUCAUUGGCAUGUCUCGAGUGAUUGGCCAGUUGAUGCUUCUUUCCACUACUGUACUCUAUGACCGUUAUUGGAAACAAGUUCCAAUGAGGAAGUUGGUUGGUAUUGUGCAGUUUGUGUAUGCCUUUUCCCUCCUUCUCGACUUUGUUCUAGUUAGACAGAUCAAUCUGAGAGUAGGGAUUCCAAAUGAGGUUUUUGUUCUUUGUUUUUCUGGUUUAGCAGAAACAAUUGCACAGUUCAAGCUCUUACCUUUCUCAGUCUUAUUUGCCCAUUUAUGUCCUCGAGGUUGUGAAGGUUCUCUCACUGCUUUCUUAGCUUCAGCCCUGAUUGUUUCAUCGAUAGUUAGCGGUUUUUCUGGUAUUGGAUUGGCUUCUGUGAUAGGAGUAACAGCCGGCGACUACUCAAGCCUGCCUUUGGGGAUUCUGAUACAGUUUGUUGCAGCUUUACUUCCCUUGGGAUGGAUUCAUCAUUUACCGGUGUCAAAAGCUAUUACUGGGAAGGAGAGGAAGACAAGUUUAAGCAGGAGGAGUCAGAAAAAUAGAAGGGUUGGUAGAGUGAUAUACGAUUCAGUAUAUAUCUACAGACGAGAGAGGGAAUCUGAAGCAGAGAGUUGACGAAUCAGACUUCUUGCACAUUAACAUUUCUUUCUGAGGAACAAGGGGUUUGAAAAUGAGAAGCAUAUGCCAGAUUGCCCUGAAGAGCACCGGAAAGAUAGAGAUGAGCAAGCCACUCACUUCCUCUGGUUGUUCAUGUCGUUCAUACCAUCCUUAUCAUAGGAAGAGGCUCCAUCUCAUUUACUGGUACGAAUUUCCAGACUAUGACAAAGAAACUACUACCUCAUGUUGGAGCCGAAUUUGAAAAGGUAAUAAGUUGGAUGUAACAGAGCUUUUGUUCCAGAAAUCAGCAAUACAGAUGCCAUCGCGUGUGAGCUGUUCGAACAUGUAUCAUAGAUUAGGAAGACUAUCCCAUAGAUUAAUGGAAUGAGCUAACUGCAUGUUUAGUUAAUCAUAUGGCGUGACCACCCUAAAGAGAGAAGAAAUACUAUGUAUGAAUUUUGGGACUUCUACGUGUAUAUUGGAGAUAAGGCUCAGGGGUACUCUAGCCACUCAUUUCCUUUUCCAGAAUUAGAGUCAUACGCUAAUCA